AUGGAGUCCGUCACUGGGCAGCAGCAGCAACCACUGCAGCAGGAGCGGGCGGUGGGGGCAGGCGGCGCAGGGGCGCCGCCCACGCGAAGGCGGGGGCGGGGAACGUUCAACCAGCCACUGCGGGCGGACCAGCCUCCCGUCGGCAGCGCCAAGACGACGGCGGCCAACGACAACGCGUCCGUCCUGACGUCGGUCACAACAACUGUGCUGCCGGCGAGCACCCCUCCUCCAGUUUCCCGGGUGCCGGAGGAGGACCUUGCGGCAGAGUAUGGCGGACAGAAGCGUGAUAUCCCGCUAAAUAUUCGCGAGAACUUCGGCGUGUGCGAAACCGAGCAUGAGGCGGACACCGUUCGACAGCUGCUUUUCCGUGGCGAGAAGCGGCGGCGCUACUGCGUGAUUGUCGGCGAGCUGCAGAACCCUGCCCGCCCCAUCACGCUGAAGCUGUUUGGCCACAAGGGACUAAAGCCUUUUAAGCUGCAGAAUAAACUUAUCCGGUUGGUGAACAUCAGCGUUGGCAGGCCACGGCCCCCGCGACCGGUGAUCGAAGGGGAGGGGGAGGACGCGAAGGAGGGCAACAGCGACGCCGAGGAGGAGAAGCAAGGGGGCUCCGACGACGACUCCGACACGGAGUGUCGUGACGGCCACGAGGGCCUCCAAUACAACCCCGAGCCGGUGCACAACGUGUGCGGAGAGGAUCCUCGGCGCGACUAUUGGGAAGAGGAACGGCAACAGCGAGGCGAGGAAAAGAAGGAGGACGCCCCUCAAGAAGAUCGUGGCGCAAAGGCGAGGGAAACGUCCCAGAGCGGCGAAGACGUGGACGCCUACGCGGACGAGGACAACGUCCUCCCACUGACGGUGGAAUUGCGGGACUCCACGACAACGCACAUGGGCCAGCCCUCUUCCAUGGCGAACAGCCCUGUCCUUACGGCCACGCGCUUUGACAGACUUCAAAGGUACUUCUUCGACGAGUUUAAGCACCUCCUGAGCUUAGAGGACGUGCGUAUGCAGCAUGUUUCGAUCAACCUCAACCUUGGUGCCGCCUACUGCUGCCUCGCGCGUGAGGGGUCUUACAGCACACCGCUGAAGUACGCCACCUUUAGUGAAUUUGUGCAACGCAUGAACGAGGAGUCUAUGCAGUUGUAUUUUCUGAAGGAUGCACCAACGUGUGUUUCGCGCGCCGUGGAUAGGGAGUGUGGUGCACUGCAGUCAGAGGCUGUUUUUUCGCUUGUGAAAAUUUGUUUCUUCUCAAACGAGCGACAGAGCCGCUCUGUGGCGCGCGCGAUGUGGGAUGCGCAUGAAAAUCGGUUUGUCUUGUUGGACAUGGAAAACGCUGGCGUCACGUUUACGUGGACCGUAUUUUCUGUGGACGAGACGGGCGUCGCCGGCGCGCCGGCACCUCCCGCGGCGAGGGGCAUGUGGAACCUCGGCGCCGUCGGCGUGGACGGCGGCACCGCUGCCGGCGCUGGCCCGGACGGCGGUGGCGUCAUGCGGAAGAAAACCGUGGCGUUCCCGUUUGAGCUCGAGUUCCACGUGUACCGCCGCUGGAAGCAGCACACGGAGCACCCGGCCGCCCCCAUCGCCGAGGCGAUUCUCGACAAGUUGUCCCUCGCGGAGCACAACCUCAUCCACUACGGCUCAACGAUUGGCUACGAAAGCAUGGACCUCUCGCACGUCUGCGAGGUGGACGCCGAGUCGGAGGACUUUAACGUGGAGAGCAUCAUUGUGGAGCACACCUCACGCGUGAAGCCGCGGGGGACGGACCUCACAGUCGACAGCACCUCGUCACUCUGGAUCGAGAACUUUGCGGCCGCGCGCGCCCUCAAAAACCGUCUUGCGCAGGGAAUCAUCAGCGCCACCGCGGCGUCGGCAAUGACGCGCGAAAGACCACGCGGGCGCGGGGGACGUGGCCCCGCCACGCCGCACGUGCCCAAGCCAAAAACUUUGGCCCCCGCCUCACGCCUGACGUUCUUUCGCGCCCGCAGCAGCACGGUGCACUGGAAGCUGCGCCCCAGCUGCAGCACAGAGGAGAACUUGGCGCCGCUGAGCGAGGCCCUCCGUUUCGCGCAGCAGGUGAUCAACACGGCUAAUGAGAUUGAGCGCACUUCGGUGCGUGGUGGAGCCGCCCCGGACGCCAUUUGA